AAGGUACCGAAUUCCUUAUUCCUUUUUAUCAUGACAAAAUAUGGCAAUUAUAUAAUAAAUGUUAUAUAAAAUUGAGAUGAUUAUAGAAGAUUAGGCUGUCAGAUCUAGUGUAGCUCGUUUGAAUCUAGUCUGAGUAAUUUGCCCACAUCUGCUUCGAUACAGACCGCAUACAUCUGCUUAAUCUGAGCAUCCAUUCAUGUCCUCUGGAAAUUUUCUACACAGAAAAAUAGAUUGAAGUUUGAAUCCAAUAGGCACUUCCCUUGAUUUUCCUUAUCUUAUAUACCUCUUUUUGUCAUGUUGAGUUUCCCAGAAUGAAGCGGCAGCCUAAGUUGCAACCUACACUGUUUUUCAUGUAUCAGUACUUCAGAAGAUUACACCAAAAAUAACCUGAACAUUCUAGGCAAAUUAAAAUACACUACAACAACAAUCAAGCUCUUAAGAAUGAAGCACAUUUGCUAAGUCAAAGAUGACGCAGUACAAGCUCUAGAAGUCAAAACUGAAAAUUACUACAUAUUUUUUGUUUUUGUUUUUGAUAAGGUAAAGUAUUUUAUUGAUAAUACAGUUCCAAAAGGGUGCUGCUUAUGUUACAUAAUACCGGACUUCAACAGAUACUACACAAAAACAGAAUCUAGCAAGUCCAAGUCAAAUAUACUAAUUACAGUAUUAUCUCUAUGCCAACCAAACCAGUUUUGAAAAUAUCUGAACUUCAUAAGCAAAUCAUCUCCUUCUUUCCUUCAAUGCAUCUUUUGUUUCUCUCAUGCCUUAUUGUCCAUUGAUGCAAAGGGGAUUAAUUUCCAAAUCUUCUUUUUUUUUUUUUUCUAUGCUUUGCCCUUGCCAGCAGUUUAGUAAAUCUUUAAAGCUCUGUGGCAUCACCCAAUGAACACCAAAGAUGUUUAGAAAUAAGGACCAGAUAAGCCACGUUUGUUUACAAUUACAGUACUGCAGUAAAUAAUUAACCGUUUCAGCAGAGCAUUCACAAAGAAAACACCUGUUACAUAGCCAAACACCCCUUCUCUGUAGAUUGUCUAGAUUCAAACAAGCCCUGUGCAGGAAUACCCAUUCCACCUAAAAUGCACGGAAUUCGUUGAUAAUUAGAAUAGAUUCGUAGACCAGGUCAACUGAUUCGUUUUCAGGUUAAACUAUUUCUAUAGGGUCUUUUCCUCUUCCUUCUAUGUCGUAGGGUUAAAACUUAAAACCAAAAAAUAUUUGUUUUUUUCUCACGUUUUCAAUAAAGCCCUCUUGUAAAAGUAUUUGAACAAUAUUUUCAGUAAUAUUAGUGGAUGCUAUUCGAACCACCCUUUUUCGAUCCAUUCCAGCAUCCAAAGCAUGCUACUUUAGUUGGAGCUUUAGUAUUCUACUGCAUUUUCCAGGGCCAAAGUGUCUUAGCUACAUAAGUAUAUUCUUGUGACAGUUUGUAGCAAGAUUUCACAGCGAAAGUUCCUGUUUUAUUUGCAAGCUUAGAUCUGUGUAUCUUUCUUAUCUUCAAUAAUUAUUGCUGCCUGCAUUUUCUGCAAAAAACGAAGCAACUUCCUCCAAUUCCCAUUCAUUAAGGCCUCUGCUAAGUUGUAAAUCUCAACCACCAUCGGUUAGACAGUCAGCCAGUGAACACUCUUGUUCAAUACCAAACUAUAGAUGAUAGGAAAUUGAUCUUUAGCAACCUCACAUCAGACCAUCUAUAAGACCACAACUUAUUCUUUUUUCACCUGAAUAUCUGCGCAAUACAAUUUUAACAAAUAUCAAAUGAGAACCAUUAUGGUAAGUUUACCUUGCGCUGCAGUUUGACAGACCAGAUACAACUUAUCCUACAAACUUACACAUUUCCAUCCCCUCUCUCUCAGAGAUGACUUUGACAUCUAGGACCGAUAAUAAAACAACUAAUAUAAUUAACUACAGAUAUCAUAUCAUAUGCACUCUCAAGGAUCAAAAAGAGAGUAUGAGACCUAUUGAAAUAAUUCACAAGAACAUUCUCCUCUAGCUUGAGUUGAACGUCAUAUAAUUCUAGCAACAGUCAAAUGACUAAUAUUCUGUGUUGAGACUUGAGACUCAGGAAAUUUACUUGAAUAUGCAGAAAAGAGACAAAAGAGGCCCACAUAGAUAUCAAAACAGAUUUCAAAAACCUACAGCUUCUAGCCAAUGCUAAUAAAGCACAAAAUAACAGCACUUAUUCAUAUGGAAAGAAGGAUGAGUAUCAAUUAAUUCAAUCCUACUGCUGAGGCAACUGCAAUAUCAGUUCUUCUAUUACUACAGAAUCUAGUUUUCAUUCUCAAUUACUCCGACUAAUUAACAUACUUUAGCCGGCAUAUCAAAGUUUGAAUUGCCACAGCAAAGAUUUAGCAAUUAAAAACACCAAACCUUUCAAAUAGAUGUAUCACCAACGUUGGGAUGAUAAACCACAACCACCAGGAGGCAUAGUGCCAAAACUUCCAAAAGCGCCACUUGUUUACUUUUUAGAUUGCAACAUAAACAUCAAGAGAACUUUUAGCGUAUACCUUGAAUUCCCAGCUUUUUGUGCAUAGAACUUUUGAUUUCACUAUGUUGUUUGCCUUUGAAUCUAAGUAUCUGCUAACAGGUAUCCGUUAUCUUUUGUUAUUUUAUCGAUUCUCAAGUGUUGGAACUUACUGACUUAUAAAAAUAUUGGUGAUUUACUGUCGUGGCAAUGCAAAUUAUGUCCUGAAAAUUUCUACUCUGAUAAUUCAUGCACUGAUACCUUGUUGUUUUUACUUGAGGGCCAGGCUACAUAUAAUGUCCAGAUCAGCAAUAAUUACAAGGCUGGCUAGACAAAUUAGUCAACUUACAGUGAACAGAACUUCCGUCCUCACUUGCAGUUACAGUACAGAUGUGCGACAUUCAAUCCCCAAAAAGAGUGAUGCAGGGACAAUAGGGUCCUUUGGUGAUCGAUUUAGCAAUAAAUCACCCUCUUCCUUUGCACAAAACCCCAUUGGAGGCGAAUGCAAACCCCAAGUAGGAGAAAAUGUCUCAAGGAAGGAUAAGAUCAGCUUUCUUGUAAAUACUCUUCUUGAUCUAAAUGAUAGUAAGGAAGCUGUAUAUGGUGCACUUGAUGCUUGGGUUGCGUGGGAGCGGACUUUCCCCAUUGGACCCCUAAAGCAGGUAUUACUCAAACUAGAGAAAGAGCAACAGUGGCAUAGAAUUGUUCAGGUCAUUAAGUGGAUGUUAAGCAAGGGUCAGGGAAAUACAAUGGGAACGUAUGAGCAGUUAAUUAAAGCACUGGAUAUGGAUCACAGGGCAAAAGAGGCACAUGAGUUUUGGAAUAAGAAAAUUGGCUGCGAUCUACAUUCUGUGCCAUGGCGGUUGUGUAGUCUUAUGAUUUCUGUAUAUUACCGUAAUCAUAUGCUUGAGGAUCUUACUAAGCUAUUCAAGGGCUUAGAAGCAUUUGAUCGGAAACCUCCCGAAAAGUCAAUCGUGCAGAAAGUAGCUGAUACAUAUGAGGUGCUAGGCUUUGUUGAUGAGAAGGAUCGCGUACUAGAGAAGUACAAAGACUUGUUUACGGAGACAUGGGAUGGAAAUCCAAAGGGAUUGAGAGGGUCUCGAUCCCAAAGAAAACAAAAACAGGCACAGGAAAAUUAAGUGUUAUAUCAAAUAUGUAUGUUUAGUGUGCAGGUGUUUGAUAUCAGUUAGAAAAUGUGAUUGAAACAUGUACCUGAACGAAAAAACAGAAUUGUGAUAUCAUGCUUCAUGUUUUGAGAUUGAUGAAAUUUCAUUGCUUGA